GCUUGUCGGGGUACAUUAAGUUGUCUGUAGGAGAUUUUCUGUUGGACGGUAGCUCCUGCCUCUUUUGUGGUACAAGAUGAAGGGACUUGCCGCCCUUCUCCUGACGGUUCUGCCGGCCCUGGUCGCCGCCCACUCCUGGAUCACCUGUACGGACUACCUGGAGAUGAAUGGAGACUACUGGGACCACACGCUGUGCCGGGCCUUCCCGAGGUCCGCUUCGAGGAUGGUUCCCCGCACGGGGCAGUUCGGAUCCCAGGACACGUACUCGUACUUCCCGGAUCCCGGGGCCGUGUGCAGAACCUCCCGGAACGACGCAACGGAGUACACCGCCGACCACCCCAUGGCCACGUACUACCAGGGACAGACUGUCAUCCUCACACAUCCAACCAAGAACCACGUUGCAGACGUCCAGUGCACCAACAAGUACAUCCCUGACAACGGGAACUGGAUAGACGUGGGACCGGUGAACGGUGCCUCCGACCCCGCCAUGUUUGACGGGCCGGAAUGGACCCAGAUCGCCGACAUGGGGAAAGCGCCAGUCGGCUAUGAGAUCCCGGAUGCAGUGACGUCAACCUACCCGAAGCCGGGCUUCCAGAACGCGCCGAAGUUCUGCGAGAAUAUGGACAAGGCUAUGGGGACAUACAACUUCACCAUUCCAUCAAACCUCACUCCAGGCCGCUACACGUUCCUGUGGAAGUGGAUCUUUAACGCCGGGAAUCUGCCGUACACCAGCUGCUGGGAGGCGGACGUGGUCGCCACCAAGGCCGAGAGGAACGCCAUCUACACUUCCAUGGGCUUGUCCACCAUCGACUUCUGGUACGCUGGCGGGACCGAUCCCGGUGUGCCCCCGGUCAUCCCUGUGGUGGACGGUCUGCAGGGGUCGGACAACACUGGUACCGGUACCACGGACAAUACCGUUACUACCACGGUUAGCACUACUACCGGUACCACUGUUAGCACUGGAACGACUACAACCGACAAUAGCGGAACCGGUACCAUCGACAAUACCGGAACCGGUACCGAUACCACGGGCGGUACCAUCACCCCUCUGUCCUUCGCGUUUAACGUGAACGCGUGGCCCGGCGGCGGCCAGGGUUCCCUCCUCCUCCCGAGCCCCCGCCCGUCCGGGGACUGGUACGUUGAGAUCAAGUUCCCUUGUGCGGGAACCAACAUGGUCUUUGACACCUGGCAUGGAGACCAGGUCCAGACCCCCGCGGAAGAGGCGCAGGGCAUCUUCAAGAUCAAGCAGACGGGCUGGCAGCUCGACAAGAACGACAUCGGCUUCGUGGUGAACACCAUGGCGGGCUGCUACGUGGACGAGAACCAGGUCACCGCACAGAUCGUCUCAAACUAA